GGGCCCGGCGCAGGCGCGGUGCCGGUGGCGGGCGGUGCCUCACGGGCUGGCGGGAGCCGCGGCCCGGCCAUGGCCGAGGCGUAUUUCCCCGUGGGCCCCGGGCUGGGCAUGGAGGAGAAUUUCCUCUCGCUGGACGAUAUCCUGAUGUCGCAGGAGAAGCUGCCGGGCCGCGCCGAGAGCGCGCUGCCGCGCUUGGCCGUGUUGAUGGGGCAGGGCGCCGGCAGCGCCGAGUCCGUCCCGGAGGGAUCAAAGCUGGAAAUCCCCCUGUGGCUUGCUAAAGGGCUGCAUGACAGCAAAAGGAGAAUCAUCUCUGUGGAACUGCCAAAGAUUUACAAGGAAGCCUGGAGGACGGUGUUCAGUGCUGAUGCCAAUGUGGUUGAUCUGCAUAAAAUGGGGCCCUACUACUAUGGAUUUGGCUCACAGCUCCUGAAUUUUGAGAAUCCAGAGAAUCCUGAGAUAGCUCAGACUAUCCUGCAGACGUUCGUUGCCCGUUUCCGCCGCAUCAUGGACUCCUCUCAGAACGCCUACAACGAGGACACGUCUGCGCUGGUGGCGCGCCUCGAUGAGCUGGAACGGGCUCUCUUUCAAGUGGGCCAGAAGGGGCUGAAUGACUUCCAGUGCUGGGAAAAGGGACAGGCUUCUCAAAUCACAGCUUCCAGUCUGGUGCAGAACUAUGGGAAAAGAAAGCUCACAGAAGUGGAUGGUUAAAAGUCUGAAGAACGUGAAGUUACAGUGGGGAAUACAGAUUUACAGCCUGCUGUAGAAGAGAAAAAUCAAUCAAUUUAGGGAAGGACAAGCUCCCUGUCCAUUAAUGGGCAUUCUGCUCUGUAGCAGCUUUGGAUAAAACUCAUGAAAAUUUUAAAGGCAGAGGGCAAGGGUAUAAAAACCAGAUGACACCACUGAACAGCCUUACAGCUUACUCAUAGCACUCCUGAGGAGUUGCAGCUCAAGUGUUUGCUAGGCGGCUGAAAGGCUAUGAGAGGAUUUUCUAAAAGGGUAAUAAAUACUAAUUAUUGCUCCAAAUUGAUAUUUACAAUAUCAGAUCUGGACAGAAAUGUAAUUUAUGUAUUUCAUCUUGUCCUUCCCAUCCCAACCUCCUGGAAACAACUGUUGAUUCUUUGAACAGCUGUUUCCAGGUUCCCUGUUCUUUAGAGAGCCCCAGUAAUGUGGAAAAAAUGUGGUACAGCAUUAAUUUUUUUUUCAUUUCUUACACACUGAGGUGGAACAGGUGCUCUUUGGGAGGCAGGAAUGUUUUUCUUUGCUGACUCCUGUACACGGUACCAGUGCCCUGGAGAGAAAUACCUCCUCAAACCCACACAGCAAGUGGCUGCACAGGUCUCGUGCUGCCUUGUCCUCUCUCUCCCUUUUUGGCCCUUGUGACCUUGGUGCUGUGCAGUAAAGAGUGUUCUUGUUUAAUGCCUGUGGCUUUUGUGCUGGAUUUGUCUCUGUGAUGGGUGUUCUAGAGAGGAGGAAGCAGAAGGCAGCUAAGAGUAAAGUCUGGACCAGAUCAAAAGCAGAAACUUCAAUGGAAGCUCUGCCCCAUUAUCAACCUUUGAGAUACUUGCUCCUCCGUGAGAAAUUUGUCUGAUUUCUAAAUUUGGUUAGUAGAAGGGACAGAGCAAAUGAACUGAGUUUCCUUCCUUCUGAUCCUUCCAAAUGAAUCUAGCAAUAUGAUCCUGGUAAAUGUCAUCCUUGCCAGUAGGAGUGACUGGAUUUGGGACUUGCUAAACAGCAAAGUGAUUAUCAUCCCAUGUGGAUGCCCUUAAACCUAGAUCAUCUCAUGUCCCAUUGGACUGGAGACAGGCGAUGUGGUUAUCUCUGUAGGGCUUAGUUCGUGCAGUCAUCAGGAUGGUUGUCCUCUGGGAGCAGUAUUAGACACCUUACAGGUGAUUCUGUGCCUCUGUAGAAGGAGAACCUAAGCAGAGGAGCUGGAUCCGGGUGCUGCUGAGCACUUCCUCUUCUGUGGGAAGCUUAUUUCACCUCCCUGGGUGGUGACAGCAAGAUCCAAGUCUCAGAGCAGCUGUUACUGGACUUGCAGAUGCACCUGGAUAUUGGAUGCUUCAGACAAGACCUCAAACACAAAGGGCCAUUCCUUGUCCAGAGACGUUGAAGCUCAGCCUGUGGAGGUGGUCAGAGGGGACAGUGUUGUGCCUUCACAGCUGUCUCGGUGCCUCCCCCUCAGCUGCACAGGGCCAGCUGCCCUGCCACAGGAGACCAGCUGGAAACUUGCCUGACAGAGUAUUUGAAGUAUGUGCAGGAUGAAAUGCUGCUGCACUUAAUGACUUAAUGGCACAUAAUGGCUCAUGCAUUUGGCAGUUGUCCAUUUCUGGAUUUUUAUCUUGAAUAAAUGUUUCUAAAGGCAAUGCUCAUAAUGUGAAAAGUCUGUUGUUAAUUGCACCACAGCAGAAAAGUCAAAUGGGAAAGUCCAGGUCUCUACACAAGUGUGGCCAUGAUAGAUAAUCCCUCUGUUCUUACAGAUAAUGUGGUCAGGAGCUAACUUGUGCAGUUGUACCAAUGUAGAAAUAGUUCCUGUCUGACCUAGCCCAGGUGGGGUCUGGCAGCUUGUACAGGUUGUGGCAGAGACCCUGCCAACCAAUCAAUAAGCUAUUGCUGUAAUGAAUUGCAUUUUUAGGAACAUAAGAUGGGUAGAGAUGACUCUGUGUUGCCUCAGCUUUGUUGUAGUGGUGGUGGGAGGUGGGAAUUGGCUGUCUAUCCAGAUCCUGCUGCUCCAGGCACUGUGGCAAACACUUUGUGUACCAUGGCAGAGCUGUGAUCAAUGCUGCAAGGGGAGCAAGUUGAAGUCCAUCUGUGACAAGAAGCAUCUUUCAAUUGGAAAUACUCUUUUAUUGAGAUGUUGGCCUUGGGAUGUUUAUAACCAAAAUCAUGAGUUUCAUCAGUUUCUGGACUGGUUUUGGUGGCUAUCCAAGCUAAUUUUCCUGCAUUUGUAAGAACAUUUUUCUUUACUGCUGGAUGCAAAUCCAAGCAGAAGGUUGCUUGCUUGCCAACAUUUUGUGCAACAGCCUUCAGAGUAGGGAGAAGAAAAAAGCCUGAAGUAGUCUUCAAUGUCAUUGGCUUUUUGUAAGAAGGCAAUGCCACUUCUAGUAACCAUGAGUUAAGGACCCUUAAAAAUCUGAUCCUGCAAUUUUAAAUUACAGUAUUGCUUAGUUUUUUUCUGUCCAGAAGAGUGCUCUUUACUUUUUGUGAGCACAGCUGUCCUUUUCCGUGGCACUGCAGCAAGCUUUAAGUUAGAGAAGUUUGAACUUGUGUGUUUUCAGAAUGGCACAAUAAAUCUUCACUACAGAACUA